UGAUUUAUAAAUGUAUUUAUAGAAAAUAAAAUUUUAAACUAUGGGUAAUUCUAAUAUGAAACAGCAUUAUGAAAAUGCACGAAAAACUGGUGUAUUAAAGAUUUCGAACAGUAAAUUGAAAGAAUUUCCUCCUCAGCUCAAGCCAUUGAAUAGUGUACUGAGAUCACUUGACUUGUCUGAUAACAGAUUUGAUGCACUGCCCUCUGAUAUAAGUCAUUUUCAACAUUUGAAACAACUAAACAUAAGUUGUAAUAAAUUAACACAUUUACCAAAUGAAAUCGGUCUCAUUAUUAAAUUAGAAACUCUCAAUGCCAACAACAACUUCAUUAAUUCCUUACCUAAUUCAUUGUCUAAAUUAAAAAAUUUAAAGCAAGUAACAUUAAGUGAUAAUCAAUUAGAAUCUUUUCCUACUAUGCUAUGUGGUCUGAAGCAUCUUGAUUCUCUUGAUUUAUCCAGGAAUAAAAUAUCAAUGGUUCCUGAUGAAGUAUCAAAGUUAUAUGUAAUGGAAUUAAUACUCAAUCAAAAUCAGAUAUCAUUUUUAUCCGAUUCAAUUGCUGAUUGUCCUCGACUGAAAACUUUAAGACUAGAGGAAAAUUGCUUACCCGUGGAACAAGUUCACCCUAAAAUAUUGAUCGAGUCUAAAAUAUCUACAUUGUGUCUUGAUGGAAAUUUAUUCGAUAAUAAGCAGCUGCAAAAUGUGGAAGGAUAUGAAAACUAUAUGGAACGAUACACUGCUGUAAAAAAGAAAAUGUUUUAA